GAUGACCAGAUCAUUGCGCAGGAGAACUCCAUCAGGGCUGCAGAGGCGGAGAAGAUGCCCUUCAUGGGCAUCGUCGAACCCCUGUCUGCUCUUGAAGAAGAGUACCGGCAAGGCAGCGCGGUGUUCCGGGACAAGAUCCGCAGCCUGGAGACGCAGUACGGCUCGAUGCGGCGCACGCGCGGGGACGGGAACUGCUUCUUCCGCUCCUUCAUGUUUGCCUUCAUGGAGCAGCUGGUGCAGAACAACGACCUGUCCGAGCGCAACCGGGUGGUGACGUGCAUACGGCAGUGGAAGGCCAAGCUGGUGGGCGUGGGGUUCCAGGAGAUGGUAUUUGAGGACGCCAUGGAGAUAGUCAUUGACCAGCUGAACUCCCUGGGCACUGCCGAGCCGCUGAGCGUGCCGCAGCUGGAAGACAACUUCUGCGACGCCAUGUUGUCGCCCAUGAUCAUCAUGCUGCUGCGCAUGCUGACGUCGGCAGAGAUCCAGCGCCGCUCUGACUUCUUCGCGCCCUUCAUCAUGGGCAUGUGCGACGAUGAGGUGAGCGUGGAGCAGUUCUGCCGGCGCUAUGUGGAGCCCAUGGGCGAGGAGAGUGACCACGUCCACAUCGUCGCUCUCACCAACGCCCUCCUGGUGCCCAUUCGGGUGGUGUACCUUGACCGCAGCAUGGGAGCAGCCAUGGCCGGCGUCGGCUAUGACAGUGCCGCGGUCAACCACCACGAUUUUGUGCCUGACAGCCUCGCGGAAUCGGCCGCCCCCGUAAAUCCGCGCGUGCAUGUGCUCUACCGGCCCGGGCACUAUGACAUCCUCUACCCG